AUGUUUAAUGUUUAGCAUUAGCAUUUAGCAUAUCCACAAUGGAAAUUGUUAACAUAAUUUAGUGUAAUACCUACUUCUACUCUUAAUUAAUUAGUACUGCUUGGAAAUGUAAUAAUGAAAUUGGCGGAAACACGUCUUGUACAGGAAGAAGUGCAAAUGGCAUUAAAUCAAAGGUCGAGUGAUGAUGAUAACAUCAACAAUGCCAUAUUUACAGCUUUGAAACCAGUUUGUGAUCAAUUAAUAAUAAAUAUUAAUGAUAAGUCGGUCAGCAACUUUACUUAUGUUCUAGAAACUCUGCCUUCCAAAGCAAUACAAACGUUUCAGAGCUACAUUUGUUUUCCCAUUGAAUUACAAAUUCUUCGAUCUUCUAGUAAUCAGCAAAAACAGUUGCUAAUAGACUUGCUGCGUAAGGAUGUACUUAUACGAUCUGACAUUGAUUCAGUUGACGUUCUUCUAAGGAUCAGCAUUUUACUCUUCAAACAAAUAGCUUCCAGUGACCAAACUAAAGUUGCUGAAGUUUCGGAGGAAUUGAAGUUGAGUGUUGCCUUGUGCCUGACACAGCUAUGGAAGUCUGUUACAAGUUCAGUUUUGCACGACGUGUAUUGUAAAGAAAAAUUUCCUAAGAUUAGUCCAGUUAUCUACAUGCUAGUGCAGUUGGCAAGAAAUGAAAAAUGUAUCAAUCUAAGGGUAGCAGCACUAGAAUGCCUCCAAGUGUUCUGCAGGGUACAUAAUGAUGCCAGCUGUGACGACGCAGUGUUGCAAAGUAGAGUGAGAGAUGUGGUCAAACUCAUGUUCCCAGGCAUCAUGUCCUGCUGUCUACAAGUAGCUUCCGAGCCUGCCACGCUCAACCAUAAAGUUACAUGUGCCAACAUCACACUUUGGAGCAGAGUAGUUGUGAUGAUGAUGGACGACACACAAUCAGAUGCACACGCAGACUGGCUAACAGAGACUGCGCAGAAACUGACACCUGUGACAGAAGCAGUUCUGCGCGCACAGACACACUCUAGUUGGCAGGUGCGGAGAGACCUGGCCUUAGCUAUGCACAACUUGCUCUCCGUUUGCUCCAAGAACUUGUCAGGGAGCGUGGGCUCACUGGUGUGUGGUCUGAUAGUGUUGUCAGAAGAUGAGAUGACACAAGUGUCAACACCAGCUCAUGAAGGCCUGACACAACUGUCUGCUGUCUUUCUCCUUGACACAGGACAGCCAUUGUUGCAGCUCAUAGAGUCAGCCUUCUACAGUCUCCUCACUCGGGCUCCAAGGAUCAUGCAGGGCACAGAUGAGAGGAGUCAGCACAUUUGCCUCAGACUGCUUGUCGGAUACCUGAGACUCCAAGGUCCGACUCUACCGCAAGUACUCGACUCUGGACCGUUCCUCAACAGACUGCUGAUCACCCUGAGUCUGGUCAGUAGGCUAGAUACAUCCCACAUCACUCUGUUGGAGGACUGCUCUGUUAGAGAGGUGGAAACUGAUGUAGUGAUCCACGAACCAUGGAAGCGUUUCAUGUACCUUAAUACUGCCGAGAAAUUACGCAGAUUCCACGAGCUCUGCUCAGUCCUGCGGAACUUUGCAGACCUCACAGUUAUAACUCACGCUCUGCUGGAUCUAUUUGACUCCAACCCGGAACUGAGCAAGGAAGUGGUUCAAUUGUUGAACAGCAUUCUGGGAGGAGGUGGGGAAGGUAGUAUGUCCAGCAAGGCAGAGCUUGUUACUACUUUAGUCAGUGUUUAUCUACAGCCCUCACUGUGGGACCUGCCUGUGUGUAUAGCACCAUCUGGCAUCUCUGUAUCUCAGGCCCAGAGUAACAUUGUGCAGGUAAGGAAGGUAGUAUGGCCAGCAAGGCGGAGCUUGUUCCUACUUUGGUUGGUGUUUAUCUACAGCCCUCACUGUAAGGAAGGUAGUAUGGCCAGCAAGGCGGAGCUUGUUCCUACUUUGGUUGGUGUUUAUCUACAGCCCUCACUGUGGGACCUGCCUGUGUGUAUAGCACCAUCUGGCAUCUCUGUAUCUCAGGCCCAGAGUAACAUUGUGCAGCCCUCACUGUGGGACCUGCCUGUGUGUAUAGCACCAUCUGGCAUCUCUGUAUCUCAGGCCCAGAGUAAGGAAGGUAGUAUGUCCAGCAAGGCGGAGCUUGUUACUACUUUAGUCAGUGUUUAUCUACAGCCCUCACUGUGGGACCUGCCUGUGUGUAUAGCACCAUCUGGCAUCUCUGUAUCUCAGGCCCAGAGUAACAUUGUGCAGAUAUCAUUACUAGCGGAGGGGUUGGGAUUGCUGGCUGUUGCUGUAGGGAAUGAUCACUUCUCUGGCUGUCUCCUGAAAUGUCUCUACCCUCUACUAGAGUGUGCUGGCAGUCCUCUACAUACCCUGGCUGCUGCUGGUCUGUCAGCAGUACAGCAUGUCGCCAGAGUAUGUGGGGGUGGGGAAGUGACACAGUUAGUGUGUGCUAAUGUAGACUACCUGUCACACCACAUCACCAUGAGACUACGCAGAGCUCACCAGAGUCCUGGAGUACUGUCAGUGUUGUCAGUUGUCAUGAGGUACACAACAAUACAGGUGCUGCCUAGCCUUCAAGAGAUCAUUGAAGAUGUCUUGGCCCAAAGCUACGAUGAGUUUCAGGAACACAAUACCAAUGGUUUUCUAAGAGUGUUUUUGACAUUCGUGAUGUGUCUGAGAGGUUGGCACCACUCUCAGUCUAGCAGUGCUGCGAAUGUAGACAAACAAACGUCAACCCCAUCCAUGUCUUCAUCUUCACCAUCUCUUAUUGCCCAGCUUGUUGACUAUCGUAGACUUGUCUACACAGCGGAAACUUUGGAUGACGAAGAUGAUACUCUACCUGAGGGAAAUAUCAAUGAAAACAUGUUCACCAGUGACACAAGAACUGAGGAGUGUGAGGAGGAGGAGGGGGAAGUUUCCAAACCUGUACCUCCAAGUGUCCAACUGACGGUGGCAGUGCUGCAACGGACCCUUCACUUUCUACCGAGUAAAGACGAGCAACGUCAAAUCCUUGUCAUGGAUAUCCUGAGAGAGGGUGUAGAGGUAUUAGCCUCAGAAGAGAACCAGUUGCUGCCUCUAGUACACAAGAUCUGGUCUCCACUGGUCAACCGGUUCCAAGCUGCUACUCGUCCACUUGUCAUCCAUCGAGCUUUCCUGCUGCUUUGUACGCUUGCAUCCAACUCUCGUGACUUCAUUCGAGCUCGGACCCUCAAGCAAGUGCUGCCUGCUCUGUGUAAAGUUCUGAGUCACAGUGCUGAUGCCAGCAUACUGAGAGACUCAGGCUCAGCAUACAGGCUGACUCAGCAGUAUAAGUUACAACGGGCCUUGUUGAGUAACUUGGGCCAGCUUGCUGAGGACCUGCAGCUGCAAGAGAGGGAAGUACACCAGCUACUGAUAGCUGCUUCACCUUAUCUCAGCAUUCGUCAACCUCUGCCUCUCCAGGACUGCUGUAUGGGCCUGUUCAAGCAAGUUGGUACAAGUUACACAGACCUGGUGUGGCUUCAGUUGGUAGAACUGUGGUACCCCACCACGUGUCUGACUCCACCCUCGUCUUCAAACUUACAAACAAUACAGGUGGACACUAACUGUGAUGAAACUUCUGAAUUUAGGAAAAAUGUCAGUGAGUUGUUAGCAUACUUUGAAUCUCAGGUUGUCAUGAAUUCAUAAGUUUAAGUUCCAAUAUUAACAUUUAGAUCAAGUCAAAAUCAUUUAAAAAAACUAUUAAUUCACAUUUAGUACAUAUACUGUGCAACAGUCACAGUUACAUGAAUUCUCAUUAUAAUAUUGCUGAACAAUUAUUACGUAAAUAAACAAAAAAUCAACUUCGGAAAAGUGAUUAUGACUGUCAUUAGCUGAUAAAUUAUGAGUUUGGUUAGAGUAUUAAUACAUUGGUUUCUACAUUUGUUAUAUUUAACAUCUACUAUGACCUAGUUUAGUCCUAGUAUAAACAAGUGUUGGUUGUAAUUAGUCAUUUUGAAUGAUUAGACUUAUUGACGACCUAGAAAUUUACGAGUGUAACUUUUUAUCUAUCUACACAUGGUCAGAUAUUAUACAAUUCUAUUCUUGCUA